AAAGCGAAUGAACUCUCAUGAAACAAACUCUUUAAUGGCGGGUGGGAAUUCGUUUGUACCGUGCACGCUCAUAAUAUUUUUAUAAUUAGUAGCGUCGGUAAAUAGUGGAUGCUCAAUCAUUGUUCAAUCAAUUUAUAAACCGGUGUGUUUUGAACAUUCAGCGGUACUUGGAAGUUCUUUGGUAUCUAGUUUACUCGAAUCCUCAAAUCUCUCUGGAAAAUGAGUCCAUUGAAUAGAGGACCACUACUUGGACCCAGAAUGCCUCCUGCAGGAAUGCGUCCACCACCUCCUAGGUUUGGGGGCAGACUACCACCACCUGGUAUGCCACCAAGAAUGCCUCCCCCAAUCAGUGCGAUGUUUGGACCAAUGAGACAGAGAAUGCUACCACCACGUCCUGGUCCACCAAGGCCUGGCCCACCACCACUGUUUGGACCUAGAGGACGAGGAUUACCUCCUCUGAUGCCACCUAUGAUGGUUCCCAGAGGCAUGGGUCCUCGAGGUCCUCUUAUGCGUCCAGGUCCUCGAGGUAUACCACCACCCCAAGGAUUGCCGCACAUGAGACCCAGAUUUCCUCCAGGUGCAGUGAACCCAAAGGCAAAAGCUAUAAACAAUGCGAAGAAAGUCAGCAAAUUGGAGGAACUGGAAUUAAAGAAGCCAUGGAUGACCGACGAGAUACGCAGUGAAAUCCAAAAGAAGAACAAGCUCUAUGCUAAAGCAAAAAAGAAUAAGGAUGCAAAGGAAUGGGAAGAAUUCAAAGACCUUCGAAACAAAGUCACCAGGAUGAUACGCGACGCAAAGAACGAGUAUUUGGCAAAGCAUCCUGAACAGGCACAUCUGUAUAACGAAGAGGAUGAACUAUACGACAUACGAGAUGAGAAUUAUACAAGUAACGAGGAGGAAGAAAUAGAGGUUGAGGAACAUUACUGCGAGGUCUGCGACAGGGAAUUCACAACGAAGGACAUGCUAGCCAGGCACAAAGCGGAGCAUCGCGUUUGUGGCAUUGAUGGAUGCAUUUUUGCAGCUCAUCCUAAACUGAUAGAGAAACAUAUAUCAAUGCAACACUACACUGGACUCUAUGAAAAGAUAAAAAAUCUCUCAACUCCUGAGGACGUGCAGAAGUGGAUUGCUGAGAGAAAAAAGAGAUACCCCACGAGGGCCAAUGUCGAAUUGAGAAAGGCUGAGGAAGCUGAGAAGGUAUGUCGAGGUGAGAUUAUUCGACGGGAACGUGCAUUGAGGCAAGAGAAACCAGGAAAGGUAUCAAAAGAACGAAAACGGAAAUGUCGAAAGAGAGUUGAACGUGUUAAGGAAGUCGCAGACUGUUCACAAGUACAGCUUUACAGGGGUCUCGUGUGUUUCCCUGGAACAGAAGUUCUCAGAGACCCGCAGCUCCUUGGUGAUGAGAUGAUCCCGGAGGAGACAAAAGUAGUAGAAACAGAAGAAGAAGAAAAUAGCAAAAUUUCUGACGACGAAGAAACGGUUGUUCCUAUAAUUAAGACAGAACGAUGUAUUGGCUUGGUUGCUGAUUAUGGCAGUGACUCUAAUGAAGACGAGCCCCCUGACGAAGUUCCUAUUAAGAAAUUGAAACAAGAAUCUCCAGAACCUGAAGCGACUCCUUCAGUGGAAACACAAAUAUAUAAAAAACCUGAAGAAACUAAAAAAACCUAUCAAUCCAAUAAACGUAAAACCACAGAAAUUCCGCAAAAUAAUAAAAAACGUCAGCCUUAUCGUACCCAAUUAUUGAAUAGACUACUGUCGCGUUCGAUUCAGCACGAACGGAAUUUGGUAUGCCAGUGUAUAAAGUAUAUUGUAGAGAAUAAUUUUUUUGAAUAAGAAAAAAAACUUGUAAAUACUUUUGUUACCUUGUGAUACUUUAAAUUAUAAAGAAAACAUUUCACGAGUGAAAA